GGGCAGUCUCAGUAUCUUCUGCUUAUUAUUGUUGUUCUAGCGUCUCGACAUGGGGGUUCGCCCGUGCGCCUACUAGUUCGUUCAGUGGAAAUACAUUCGCAACAAGCACCAGCACCAGCGCUGGCAGCAGCAACAUGGCUCGAGGCAUGGCCAGCAUUCCCAGAAGGGACGUCCGCAUCGUCGAGGUGGGCCCCCGCGACGGGCUCCAGAACGUCAAGACGGCGAUCCCGACGUCGACGAAGCUGGAGCUCAUCGCCCGUCUGCGCGCCACGGGCUUAGACACCAUCGAGAUCACCUCCGUUGUCUCGCCGCGCGCGAUCCCACAGCUGGCCGACUGUCGACAGGUGCUCGCCGACCAAACCAUCAAGGCUCUCCUGCCCAAUGACAGCCUUCGACUUCCGGUGCUCAUCCCCAACCUGAAGGGCCUGCAGAUCGCGAUGGAGAACUCGGUGCGGGAGGUGGCGGUGUUUGUGAGCGCCAGCGAGGGGUUCAGCAGAGCCAACAUCAACGCGACUGUGGACGAGGGGCUGGCGAGGGCGAGACAGGUGGCGGAGAACGCGACUGCCGCGGGUCUCGCCGUCAGGGGAUAUAUCUCGUGCAUCUUUGCUGACCCAUUUGACGGGCCUACCCCGCCGGCCGCUGUCCUCAAAGCGGUGCGCGAACUGCUGGAUAUGGGCUGCUACGAAGUCAGUCUGGGCGACACACUGGGCAUUGGCACAGCGGCCGACGUCAAGAGCUUGCUCAUGUACCUUGAGAACAAUGGGAUUUCGCCCUCACGGCUUGCUGGCCAUUUCCACGAUACAUAUGGCCAGGCAGUCAGCAACGUCUGGCAGGCUUACCAGUGUGGUCUCCGUGUCUUCGAUAGCAGUGUCGGUGGAUUGGGCGGGUGCCCGUUUGCGCCUGGAGCGAAGGGGAAUGCUGCCACGGAAGACUUGGUGUUUUUGUUCCAGCAGGCUGGGGUUGAGACCGGCGUUGACCUCUCCAAGCUGGUGGAGGUUGGGAGUUGGAUCUCUAAUCAACUCAAGAAACCGAACGAGAGCCGCGCCGGGGUUGCUCUACUGGCUAAACGAGCCCUCCUGCAGUCCAAGGAUAUGACACAGCAAAAGAGUCGGAUUGGCCGUGAAUCCGCUUGGGUGUUGGUCAGCGAGACGGAGAGCAUCAGACUAUACCGAUCUGGAGUCAACCUCAAGGUGGUUCUCAAUCAGCCAAAGAAGGGCAACGCUUUGACCAUCGCAAUGAUCGCCGAUCUCACAGAUGUGUUCCGUCGCGCACGAGACGACCGCUCGGUUUCUCGAAUAGUCCUAACGGCGGAGGGGAAAUACUUCUGUGCCGGCAUGGAUCUCGGGAAGGGGACGUCGCCGGUUGCACAAUCGAGCGAGGUUAGCGACGCACAAUACGAGCGGCUCACGCAGCUUUUUGAUGCCAUUGACAAGGCACCCCAGGUGACGAUAGCCGGCAUCAAUGGAUCAGCGUUUGGCGGCGGUGUGGGACUGGCCUUUGCCUGCGACGUCAGGAUCGCCGCAAAAUCUGCCACGUUUACUCUGAGCGAAGCCAAACUAGGCUUGUGUCCAGCAACAAUCUCGACGUACGUGAUCAGAGAAUGCGGAUUCGCUUUCACCCGAGAGGCCAUGCUCUCUGCCCGUCCGAUCUCGAUGGACGAGCUGCGCUCCCUCGGCUUGAUCGCGAAGGUUGUGGACGAGCCUGAACAGCUCCCAGCAGACCUGGAUCAGUACCUUGCUCGCCUGAAGGUGGCUGGGCCGGAAGCAUCUACCAUGUGUAAAGAAUUGAUCAGAUUGGGCUGGGUCCAUGGCGGAAGUGAGCAGCAGGCAAAGGGCAUCAAGCAACUGUUCGACAAGAUGAUGCGGCCUGAUGGUGAAGCAGCCAUUGGACUGAAAGCGUUCCAAGCCACGAAGAAGGCACUGGACUGGGACGAGAUCACCAUGGCGCGGACGGCAGCUGCUGCGAAGCCUAAGUUGUAGACCAGGCGUUGCAGGUGUCGUCGUAGCAUUGAAUGAACAUCUAUCUAUGAAGGCGAAGUAAGUAGGGGGGUUUGAUAGUGGUGUAUGAUCCGCAGUAUCAAUACGGUGGAUCAUUUGA